CAGUUGUUGCAUAUUUCUCGGCGUGUUCGUUUGGCGCGCGACAUAAAAGUUAAACUUGCAAAAAAUAAAAAACUAAGCAAAAGUACUCUUUGUGCAACAGAAAUAAUAGAAACAUUGAAUUAAAACCUUUUCAUUUUUUGCAACCCAUAGUACGCCAUCUGUUGGUAAUAAAUUAUAUUGCCCGCCUAAAAGCACGCUACAGAAAUCAUCGGUCAUGCAAAAUAAGCAACUGUUAUUCCUGCUGUUGUUGCUAACAGCGGCAGCAACUGUUAGCAGCGACGUUGACGUUGAAGCAAUGGACGCAGACGGCAGCACGAUUAACACGUCGACGCCUGGAGGGAAGCAGCUGUCGAGAAAUCUGGUGAAACGUGCUCCUACCUCCAGCUUCAUUGGCAUGAGGGGCAAAAAGGAACAGGAGGGGACGUCAGAUGCAAAUUGGCUGGGCCCCGAUCCAUUAGACUACGGUGAAGAUGAUGUGGACAACUAUUACAAUGAGAACGGGAGGAGAUUAAAGAAAGCACCUUUGGCUUUUGUCGGCAUGCGCGGCAAGAAAUUUUCGGUGGGCAACAGUCAUCUGCGGGAUUUAGUUCAACACAUGGAGGAGAAACGAUUGCGUGAGAAUAUUCUACAGGACUUCCUCGAUCGCCUGGCAAUUGAUGGUGGCGAUGUGGGAAAACGAGCGCCGACUGGUUUUACAGGGAUGCGAGGCAAGCGUCCGGCCAUGGGUGACAGCGAUGCUCUCGGGGAUGAGGAGGACGCCAUGGAGCUGCUGGAAAAACGAGCUCCUGUGAACUCAUUUGUAGGCAUGCGAGGUAAAAAAGAUGUCUCACAUCAACACUACAAGCGGGCCGCUCUGUCCGAGAUGUGGCACAAAUAUUUUAAAAAGGCAUACGAUGUGCGUGGCAAGAAGCAGAGAUAUACGGACUUUAACAAUAAAUUUGUGGCUGUGCGUGGCAAGAAGAGUGACCUGGGGGAUGACAUCGAUAUAGAACAGAAUGCAGUACAGCCUUGGGACUAUCUCAUCGGGGAGAAGCGGGCGCCAAGCGGCUUUGUUGGCAUGCGAGGCAAACGUCCAGCGCUUGUGGAGUAAACGGAACUGGUGGCAAAGAUAGGCGAGCGUUUUCCUCAUUUACAUUUGACGAAUGACAGUCGGAAGUUCCUUUAAAACUAGGCAAAUAUUUGUAUAAUGUUUAAAUAAUCACUGGGCUGGAGAUUAUUUAAAUCGUAAUAUACAAAACACACAUGUAUACACAUUAUGCUUUUCUCUGUUAAUGUAAACGAGACUUACGGCUAUGUAAAGAACUAGUAUAAAUCUUAUUAAAAUCACGUAUGGGGCCUAGCUUCAUAUGACACUUAAAUUGAA